CCGGAAGCAACUUUACUUAGGCUAGGCUAAUGUAACUCUCGAGCCUGUACUUUCCCAAACAUCAGAAAAGUUAAUAGCAGUCUGCCUUUUUUUGGCAGUAAAAAGGGUUAGUGAUUGCGUACCUAUGUCUAUCAUCUCCAGACACUUUACAAGCUAGAAUAAUAUGGGCUACAAACCCAUAUUGCCAUGUGAUUUGCUAACUUUGAAGUCUGGUAAACUAACAUUAUAGUCCCCGUUGCUGUAGCAUUUGUUUGACCAGUCAACCCUCUUACAGGCGAAGGUGUGCUUCAUUUGGACCAGCUCUGUAUAAACGUGCGCAAGCUGCAAUUAGGGGAUUAUAAACAGGUGCCAAUGGCCAACCUGGAGCAGUGGGUGAGCGACCGCCUUCAUGACAUCUUGGGUCUGAGUGACCGAUAUGUGGCUCAGUUCAUGCUCGGUCUGGUUCGGAAGUCCACCAAUUUGCAAGACUUCAUCGGGCGCCUCAAGCAGACCGGGACCAUUGAUGUCGACCAGAAGGUUGAGAAGUUUGCACAGGAAUUAUACGAGAAGGUGCCACGGAAACAGAUAGUGGAAAAACCAGCUCGAGCUCUGGAGCGGCAUGUGCAAGAAAUUGAGCGAAAAAACCUGACCUACACUCUGCUGGAGGAGAGCGACAGUGAUGGAGAAGUAACCCAGGAGAAAGGAAAGAAGGAGAAGAAAGGGAAGGAGAAAGAGAAAGAGAAGGAGAAAGGGAAGAAGAGGAAGCACAUCAGACAGAAACAACAGGAGAGCAGCUCAUCCAGUGAAGAGGAGAAGGAAAGUGGCCAGAUGCUCUCCAAAACACAGAGCAAAGAGGAUAAGGAAGACCCAGAGGAGGAUUGGGAGAAGGAAGAGCGGGAGCGGCAGGAGGACCUGGAGGAAAGAGAUGCCUUUGCGGAACGUGUGAAGUUGAAAGACAAGCAGAAGACCCGAGGUAUUAUGGAGAGGACAGAUAAAAAGGCUUACGAGGAAGCUCAGAAAAGACUUAGGAUGGCAGAGGAUGACCAGCGGAAAAUGCUUCCUGAGUUGAGGAAGCAGUCACGCUUUGAGUACCUAAAGAAACGUGAAGCUGAGAAAUUAGAAGACCUGGAGGCUGAGAUAGCUGAUGAAGAGUAUCUCUUCUCUACUGACCACCUCUCUGAGCGGGAGAGAAAAGAGCUGGACUACAAGCGCACCGUCAGGGAUCUGGCCAAAGACUACAAGAAAGCAGGAGCCAGGGAGAAAGAAGAGAGGAAGAACCGCUACUACAUGCCAGAGGAGAUCAGGACAAAGAACCCUCCUGAACGGGAUCUCCUGGAUCUUGAAGAAGGGGGCCAUGAAGCUGGGGGAGAGCAGAGCCGCUGGGAGGAGGCGCGUGUUGCUACGGCAACUCUGCACUUUGGCGCCAAGGAGGAGAGGGAGCGUCGGCUGAAAGAGGAGCAUGACAAGUACCAGUUAGUGCUGGAGGAGGAUGAAAUGAUCAACUUCGUCACCAGUGCCAUCACCAUGAAAGGAACACUAGCAGAAAAGGAGGACGGGGAGCCACAGCUCUCUCAGGCAGACCAACAGAUGCAGUCCAUUCAGGAGGUUAGGCGGAGCUUGCCUGUCUUUCCCUAUCGCCAAGACCUACUGUCAGCCAUCGAGCAGCACCAAGUGCUCAUUAUCGAGGGGGAAACUGGCUCUGGCAAGACGACGCAGAUCCCUCAGUAUCUAAUGGAGGAGGGAUAUAAUAAUGGAGGUUUGAAGAUCGGCUGCACUCAGCCUCGUCGAGUAGCAGCCAUGUCUGUGGCAGCUCGAGUGGCGCAAGAAGUUGGAGUGAAGCUGGGGAACGAGGUGGGUUACAGUAUUCGUUUUGAGGACUGCACAUCAGAACGGACCGUAUUAAAGUACAUGACGGAUGGCAUGCUUUUGAGAGAGUUUCUCACAGAGCCAGAUCUUGCCAGCUAUAGCGUGGUCAUUAUUGAUGAAGCCCACGAGCGCACCCUCCACACAGACAUCCUGUUUGGCCUCAUAAAAGACAUCGCCCGUUUCCGUGGCGACCUGAAGGUGCUGGUGGCCAGUGCCACGCUGGACACAGAGCGUUUCUCCUGCUUCUUCGAUGAUGCGCCCGUCUUCAGGAUCCCUGGACGACGUUUCCCUGUGGACAUCUACUACACCAAGGCUCCAGAAGCGGAUUAUCUGGAGGCGUGCGUUGUGUCCGUGCUGCAGAUCCACGUCACACAGCCCACUGGUGAUGUACUGGUCUUUCUAACAGGGCAGGAGGAAAUUGAGGCCUGCUGUGAGCUGCUACAGGAUCGCUGUCGGCGCCUGGGGUCCAAGAUAUCUGAGCUCAUGGUCCUGCCCAUCUAUGCCAACCUGCCCUCGGACAUGCAGGCCAAGAUCUUCAACCCAACUCCACCUGGUGCUCGCAAGGUGGUGGUAGCCACCAACAUUGCAGAGACUUCUCUCACUAUUGAUGGCAUCAUCUAUGUGAUUGACCCGGGCUUCUGUAAGCAGAAGAGCUAUAACGCUCGCACUGGCAUGGAGUCCCUCAUCGUCACGCCGUGUUCACGGGCUUCAGCCAAUCAGCGGGCAGGAAGAGCAGGCAGAGUGGCUGCUGGGAAAUGCUUCCGUCUCUACACAGCCUGGGCCUUCAAGCAUGAGAUGGAGGAAUCAACGAUCCCAGAGAUUCAAAGGACCAAUCUCGGCAAUGUGGUGUUGCUGCUCAAGAGCUUGGGAAUUAAUGACCUGAUCCACUUUGACUUCAUGGACCCACCUCCUCAUGAGACCCUUGUUCUGGCCCUGGAGCAGCUCUACGCCCUGGGGGCCCUCAACCAUCUUGGAGAGCUCACCAAGCUCGGCAGGAGAAUGGCUGAGCUCCCAGUGGACCCCAUGCUGAGCAAAAUGAUCUUGGCCUCUGAACAGUAUAAGUGUUCAGAAGAGGUACUGACCAUUGCUGCUAUGCUCUCGGUCAAUAACUCGAUCUUCUAUCGGCCCAAAGACAAAGUGGUUCAUGCCGAUAAUGCACGCCAGAACUUUGUGGUACCAGGUGGAGACCAUAUGGUGCUGCUAAAUGUCUACACUCAGUGGGUGGAGAGCGGUUAUUCCACUCAGUGGUGUUACGAGAACUUCAUCCAGUUCCGCUCCAUGAAGCGUGCGCGAGACGUCCGUGAACAGCUGGAAGGUCUGAUGGACAGGAUCGAGGUGGAGGUGUGCAGCUCCGAUGGAGACUAUGGACCAAUCCGCAAGGCGGUGACGGCGGGAUACUUCUACCACACAGCACGACUCAGCAAGGGCGGCUACAAGACAGUGAAGCAUCAGCAGACGGUCUACGUCCACCCCAACAGCUCCUUGUUCGAGGAGCAGCCACGCUGGCUCAUCUACCACGAACUUGUCUUCACCACAAAAGAGUUCAUGAGACAGGUGAUUGAGAUCGACAGCAGCUGGCUGCUUGAGGUGGCCCCUCACUACUACAAGAACAAGGAACUGGAGGACUCCAGCAGUAAGAAGAUGCCAAGGAAGCAGGGGAAGGCCCUCGAGGAGCUGGGCUGAACAGGGGGUCACAUGAGUACAGAGGACCCAAGCGAUGUGUGAAAUCAUUUCCAGUCACAUCACUCAAAAGCUUUCCACAGCUAGUGCAGACUGGGAAUCAUCGAUCAGCAGUUAUCAACAGUUUUCUCAUACUCACCAUAUGACCAGGAAAAAAAAACAAAAAAGUUUUGGACUUUGGUCAGGUGUGUUAAAUUAUUUUUGUCAUGUCUGCUGAAUGCACAAAACAAAUGUUUUUGUAUUUGUUAUGUACUGUGACAAAUAGGAAGUGUUGAUCUUGUGUGAUCUAAUGUGGUUCACAUUAGCUCGUAUCAGAUUCUUUAGUUGUUUUUGUAUGUCUUGUAUUUUAGCUGUUUUAUAUGAAAAAUAAAUCCAUUUCCUUUCACUCUA